AAAAAGGAAGUUUCACCAUCGACAGAAAGCUCUGUACCGGACACUAAAAGCCCUCAAACAUCGUCGUUUGAUUCCAGAGAAGAAGAUGCAGAGGAUGGCUCGAUUGGCAAUAAUACUCAUGUUGGUACUUCAUUUUGAAGCCAACAUCCACGGAGAAAUCGUCUACACAAGACCUGGAGAAAAUGCCUCUCUGCCUUGUGUUGGUCGAUCAUUUUCUGACCCAACUUGCUCAAACGUUGCUUGGCUUUUCAACAGAUAUUCAACUCUUCCUGAUGUUUGGAUAGACUUUAUUGGCAGGAGUUUGGACUCUGACUGCUCUUUGGUCGUGAAGAACGUCUCUGCUGAGGAUGUUGGACUUUACAAGUGUGGGGGGAGCGAGGAAGUAUAUCUGAAUCUUCUGACAAUCUCUCCAUCUCCACUAGAUGCUGAUCCAAUGAGGGACGGUGAGGUCAAGUUAAAGUGCUCUCUCUUUCGUCACAGUACACUCGGUUUUUGCCAAAAGGGCACCAUCCCCUGGGUGGAUGAGACGGGAACCGUGCUGCUGGAUGAAGAUGUCGGGUACCAUUUUCACGGACAGGAGAAAUGUGUCUCCUCUCUGACUGUGAGGCAGCAGAGCGGCCACAACAGGAAAUACACCUGUCGGUUUGAACAGCACAGCGGUACAAAGAUACAGUCUGACUACACACCUGACUUCCUAGGCGGGAACCAGACGGAAAUAUCCAAUCCAGAUAAUAUCACAGAUGUACCUCAUAGCUACGCCAUGUGGGCUGUGCGUAUUGCAGGAGUGGUCGUGAUUAUUGUUAGCGCCGUCCUAAUCAUCAAAAGGAUAUGUAACACAAACUGCAUUCUUAAGGACAAAAACAAAUUUAGGAAUGAUGAAUACAUCGAGUAUGACAAUGGGGGAGUCCGUCUUGCUAAUGCUAGGUGGCCCUGAUCAACAUCUUCAGCUCGUCAGAAACUCAAAAACCAUCAGGGAUUUCACACUUGGAGUUCAAACCAUUGACUCUUUUUACAUCUUAGUUUACAAUAUCUGUCUGACUGCUUUCUGUUUACACAACGACAGACAGUUUGACUGAUAAACAAAGAAAUAUCACAAACUUCGGCAUUAGCUAUUAGCUUUGAUUUUAUGCCAGCAUCAGCCAGCUCCAUGUAAAUGACAGGACGUUUCUCAGGAGGUGACGGAGACCAAAAAUGGAGCUAAAAGACAGUGAACGUACAAUACAUCAGAUUAACUCAAUUUAUAGGAUGAUGUUUUGCUGAAUGUGUAAAUAAAGAAGGUCUUUUAUGCUUUGGUUUUAAUAUGCAGAAGUGUUUUCACGCUGUUUGGGGAGUUUUCUUUCGUAAUGAAGGCACAUGAAUUGAUUAAUUGAGCUUCAAAUGAUUUUGAAUGACUGAAUUUUGUUUAGCUAAAAAUGUCUUGUAUUGUUUUUUCUCUUAUACAUUUGUAGUCUGUAGUCUGAUACCCCAUGUCCAAAAACAUAAACUUCUAUAAUUAGUUUUGAUCCUUCAGUGCUUUCCAUUUAUGUAUAUGUGGGAAAUACUGUCAAAGGGUGAAUGUCAUCGUGAGUUUAAAGACGGCAGUGUCCAUAUAUACCAACGUCUUCUCUGUUGUCAGAUUUCGUGUUUUAAUAAACAUUUAUUCAAA